UCAAGCUUUCCGUAGUCACUGGGGAAAAGCCGUGGCCACUUGGUCGGCUUGCCUGGCUGGCAGCCAUGGCCAUGCUUUGGGUUGACAAGCACCGGCCCAAAGUGCUGGCGGAGUUGGACUACCAUAGGGAUCUCAGCGACCGACUGCGACGUAUUGCCGGCAGUGGGGAGAUGCCUCAUAUUCUGAUGUGUGGGCCCAGCGGCGCAGGGAAAUCUACACGUGUGCAUGCUCUACUCAGAGAGAUCUAUGGGUCUGGCGUUGAUACGGUGAAGGUGGAGACCAAGUCAGUGGCUCCAAAUCCUAGCAAUCCAUCCAACACGGUGGACAUACAGGUUGUGACGUCCAAUCACCAUUUGCAAGUCACGCCAUCAGACCUUGGCCGGAAGGACCGAGCUGUGGUGAUGCAGCUGAUCAAAGAAGUUGCCUCUCAUCCUCCGUUGGGUGGGCAUUCUUUCAAGGUGGUGGUGAUCGAGGAAGCAGGCGCAUUGUCAUCGGAGGCUCAGGCUGCACUGAGAAGAACAAUGGAAAGGUAUAUGAAGACCUGCCGCAUCAUCCUUCUCACUGAUGGAGCUUCGAAGAUCAUUCCUCCUUUGAGGAGUCGAUGCUUGCCCAUUCGAGUAGGUGCACCUAGCACUGAGGAGAUCGCAGCCGUUCUAACCAAGGUCUCGAUCGCAGAAGGUCUGAAGUUAGCAGCUGACCUGAGCCACAAGAUUGCUGAGAAGUCUGGCAGAGAUAUGCGCCGAGCUAUGAUCUUGCUGGAGAUGAUGCACACGCAGGCAAACGCAUCCUCCCUGUCCAAGGAUGUGGCUGUGCCUUCAGAAGCCUGGCAAACUGCCAUUGACAAGGUUGCCAAGAAGAUUCUGCAAGAACAGACUCCUCGAAUGGCGAUGGAGGUGCGCGGAAAUAUCUACGAGCUCCUGCUGGCAUGCUUGCCAGCAGAUUUUAUUCUUAAGGAGCUUGUGCUUCGGCUCGUCGCAGAGGUAAAGAACGAGAUUGUGAAACAGAAGGCAAUUGCUGCUGCUGCCCACUUCAACUUUACCAUGAAGCAGGGAAAUAAGGAUAUCUUCCAUAUCGAGGCCUUCGUGAUAAAUUUCAUGAGGGACUACAGAGCAGCAAUGCAGGGAGCACGGCGCUUGGAUGUUUUGCUUCUGGGAAUUCAGAAGUGCGUUUCCAAAGCCAACACACCACGCAAGGGAUCUACAAUGUACAACGCUGCUCAAACUAGAACGAACUUCCCUCAAUCACACCAACAAGCAGGUUCAAUGCAUAAAGGACCCAGGAUUUCAGGUUUGUCAAUUGCUUUACCUUGACAAAUAAAGGCUUCUUGUAUGUUGCACAUCAGUUGCUGACAGGGCAGGUGAAGCGUGCUUGACUGCCAAUUCCUGAGCUGGCCACUGGCCACUUCUUGAUGUUCACGACAGAUACAAUUUCCUUUGUAGUAACAUGGUUUCU